AUGCUAAAGAUGUCUGCGUCACCACAGGCUAAUACAGAUGGUAUGCACCGUUACGCUCGUGUUAACGUGGACAAACCGCGAGAGUACUGGGAUUAUGAGACCGCACGAAUACAGUGGAGCUCCCCUGAAAGGUACGAGAUAGUUGAGAAAAUUGGCCGCGGAAAGUACAGCGAUGUGUUUCUAGGGUGGGACACCAAACUUUGUCGUCAGGUGGUAAUAAAAGUAUUAAAACCUGUGAAAAAGAAGAAAAUAUUGCGAGAACUCAAGGUUUUACAGAAUUUACAAGGAGGAACUAACAUUGUGGAACUGUACGACGUGGUACGUGACCCUUGCAGUAAAACACCUUCUUUUAUUUUUGAGUACGUACAGGCUUCUGAUUUUCGAACAAUAUUUCCAAUAUUAUCAGAUCAUGAUGUACGUUACUACAUUUUUGAGGUUCUUAAAGCGUUGGAAUAUGCACAUUCAAUGGGUAUCAUGCAUCGUGAUGUAAAACCAAACAACAUUACAAUUGAUCACAAACGGCGUAGGCUUGUUCUUAUUGACUGGGGUUUGGCAGAGUUUUAUCACCCUGCUACAACAUACAAUGCUCGAGUAGCUUCUCGAUACUUCAAAGGACCAGAGCUCUUAGUUGAACUUCCAAUGUACGAUUACCGUCUUGAUAUGUGGUCUCUUGGAUGUAUGUUCGCAGGUAUUAUUUUUAUGAAGGAACCAUUUUUUCAUGGAAAAGACAAUAAUGAUCAGCUGGUUCGCAUUGCCAAAGUUCUAGGAACCGAUGAACUAUUUGAGUAUCUUCAGAAAUAUAAUUUAACGCUUCCUCCUCUUUUGGAAGCAGCAGUAGGCCGUCACAGCAAGAAACCAUGGAGUCUGUUUAUAACGCCGGAAAAUCAACAUUUGUGUCCACCUGAGGCCCUUAACUUUCUAGAUCAGCUGCUACAGUACGAUCACGUAAAACGCGUCCAGGCGUUAGAAGCCAUGCAGCAUCCUUAUUUUGAUCCAGUGAGGGCCGAGUGUAUGGCCAAGAUGACGGAUAAUAAGACGACCACUGUGUAA